AUGAGCUCAGAUCGAAGUUUCUCCACGUUCUUCCAUGUCAACAACGAUCAGCCGAAGAUUUUGAUUCUUGAAGUUCUUGUAAAGAAGUGUACAUUGUUUCUUCUUGUUACCAAUCUCCUAAUCACCGGAGCUAUGCAAACGCACGAAGCCGUUGACUUUCGAACUGAGUUUCUACGGGUUCUUCUUAGUCGACGAUUAGGCCAAGUUCCAUUGGUAGCUGAGUGUUCGAAGCCAGUGGAAGAUCCUGUGUUUCAAAGUGCUGUUCCAUCUACAGCUACACUAGAGUCAUGUCCAAAGGAACAUAUUGAUAACUUAAAAGAUAUGCUCAAAGAGGAAAACAUUCAUUUGCACACUGAGGCUGGAGAGCAAGGGAAAUUGCCUUUGCUUAUUUUAAGUUUGAAGGAGAAGAAGAGUGAAGAAAGAAGACCAGCUGUUGUGUUUAUGCAUGGCACAAGUGCAAACAAAGAAUGGUUAAGGCCAUGGCUUGAAGCAUAUGCUUCAAGGGGAUAUGUAGCCAUUGGUCUAGACUCUCGCUACCAUGGAGAACGAGCUGACUCCAAAACAGCCUAUCAAGAUGUAAAGUCAUUUUUUAUGUUUAACUAG